CUCUCUCUCUCUCUUCCCCACACACACACUCACACACACACACACACACACACACUCUCACCAAGUCCACAGCGUGUGUCUCAGCUGGCUCCUCACUGGGGGAAAAAAACGGCACUCGGAACCACAGCGACGCCGAGCUCGCAGCGCUCAACAUGGCCGACACAACAAGUUUGAACGAGUCGUCCACCAGGGACGGGGCUAAUCGCUUCGCUCGCAAAGGAGCUCUAAGGCAGAAAAACGUCUACGAGGUGAAGGACCACAAGUUCACCGCCCGCUUCUUCAAGCAGCCGACUUUCUGCAGCCACUGCACGGACUUCAUCUGGGGCUUUGGAAAACAAGGAUUCCAGUGCCAAGUUUGCUGUUUUGUGGUCCACAAGAGGUGCCAUGAAUUUGUCACAUUCUGCUGUCCGGGAGCUGAUAAAGGGCCAGACACGGAUGACCCCAGAACGAAGCAUAAAUUUAAGAUCCACACAUACGGGAGCCCCACCUUCUGUGACCACUGUGGCUCUUUGCUGUACGGCCUCAUGCACCAGGGCAUGAAGUGUGACUCUUGCGACAUGAACGUCCACAACACGUGCGUCAUGAACGUGCCCAGCCUGUGUGGGAUGGACUACACCGAGAGGAGGGGGCGCUUGUACCUCAAGUGUGAGGUCAGCGAGGAGAAGAUGAAGGUCACAGUUGGCGAAGGCAGGAAUCUGAUACCCAUGGACCCCAAUGGCUUGUCUGAUCCAUAUGUCAAACUCAAGCUCGUACCUGACCCCAAAAAUGAGACCAAGCAGAAGACCAAAACCAUCCGCUCCAACCUGAACCCCAAAUGGAACGAGACAUUUACCUUCAAACUGAGGGCCACAGACAAGGACCGCAGGCUGUCCAUUGAGGUGUGGGACUGGGACCGAACCACCAGAAAUGACUUCAUGGGGGCUCUUUCAUUUGGUGUGUCGGAGCUCAUCAAAUCUCCAGCGUGUGGCUGGUAUAAGUUGUUGUGCCAAGAGGAGGGAGAAUAUUACAACGUUCCCAUCUCAGAGGAGGAUGACGGCAACGAGGAACUGAGACUGAAAUUUGAGAAAGCCAAGCUCGGCCCAGGGAAGAAGGCCAAUACAGAGACAGAUGGCAGCCCAUCCAGCCUGUUGCCAUCCAACCGCUUGGACCAGGUCAAGCUCACUGACUUCAGCUUCUUGACCGUUCUAGGGAAAGGCAGCUUUGGCAAGGUCCUGCUGGCUGAGAUGAAGGCCACUGAAGAGCUCUAUGCAAUAAAGAUUCUGAAAAAGGACGUGGUGAUCCAGGACGACGACGUGGAAUGCAUCAUGGUGGAGAAGAGAGUCUUGGCCCAGCAGGAAAAACCGCCCUUCCUCACACAGCUACACUCGUGCUUCCACACUGUGGAUCGUCUGUACUUCGUCAUGGAGUACGUGACUGGCGGAGACCUCAUGUACCACAUCCAACAAGUGGGAAAGUUCAAGGAACCGCAGGCAGUAUUCUAUGCAGCAGAGAUCGCUGUUGGUCUCUUCUUCCUGCACCGUAAAGGCAUCAUCUAUAGAGAUCUAAAGUUGGACAACGUUAUGCUGGACUGUGAGGGCCACAUUAAGAUCGCUGACUUCGGCAUGUGUAAAGAGAACAUGACGGACGGAGUGAGCACUCGGACCUUCUGCGGUACUCCGGACUACAUUGCCCCCGAGAUUAUUGCUUACCAGCCGUAUGGGCGUUCUGUAGACUGGUGGGCGUAUGGAGUACUGCUAUAUGAAAUGUUAGCCGGACAGCCUCCUUUUGAUGGAGAGGAUGAAGACGAGUUGUUCCAGUCCAUCAUGGAGCACAACGUGUCCUACCCGAAGGCCCUGUCCAAAGAGGCUGUUUCCAUUUGCAAAGGGCUGAUGACCAAGCAUCCGUCCAAGCGACUGGGCUGCGGCGCUGAAGGGGAGCGGGACGUCAAAGAGCACGCUUUCUUCAGACGUAUUGACUGGGAACGCCUUGAGAACAAGGAGAUACAGCCACCCUUCAAGCCCAAACUGUGCGGCAAAGGAGCGGAGAACUUCGACAAGUUCUUCACGCGCACACAGCCCCAGCUGACACCCCCGGACGAGCUGGUGAUCGCCAACAUCGACCAGGCCGAGUUCGCGGGCUUCUCCUUCAUCAACCCACAGUUUGUACACCCGUCGUUCAGCCCCAGCGCGUGAGAAAGACGGCCCGAGCGCCCCCUUUUCACCCCCCGCUGUGUGAAGGGUCUCCUCUACUCACUGCCACCAUUAAAACUCACCACCUAACACCCGACCACUACUCGACAUGACAACACUUGAUGUUUCUAACCCUAGGGCAUGCUUAUUUGUUCUCUAUGCUAUAUUUUGCAGUCUCGGUUAGGUUCAUUCUUGGCCGCCGCAAGAAGGCUUUCGAUUAUUCCUGAGCAUGUACUGUGUACAACCACGUCCUUUCUAACGAAGCUUUACCAAAACUGGACGCUGCCAGAAGGAAUAUUGUUUAUCUAUGCCAGUAAAUUAUGAAAGUAAAGGAAUGUAUCAAUUAUAGGAGAAGAAAAACAACAGUUUUUUAAAGGAAUGGACUCUUUUUGAAAAAGAUGCAUGAACUAUUUGACAAACAUCUCUCACUUGGUUCUCAUGAAGGAUGUGGAGAUAGCUUAGCCAAAUACUGUAUGAAGGAGAGGUGGUGCAAUGUUCCCCUGGAUCAUGUUUACUUCGUUUCUCUCUGCCAAUCAUAUUUUUUGCAUUAUUUGACGCUCGACAUAAUCAUCUCCCGUUGAAAUGAAGCGCAAACUCGUAUUUUAAUAUCAGAAGCGGUGGCGCCUGUAAAGAAAAAAAAAAGGCUAUUAAAGUUGGCCUGUUUGUUCCAAGCUACGUUACUUGACUUGAUAUCUGAGGAUCGUAGUUGCUAGGAGACGUACGGCCGUGCUCGGAUACGACUCGUAGGACAGAGAGACAGAAUUUUAGAAGUUAAUGCUAAAAGUUUACAGUGUGUUGUGUUGCCAAGUGUUUUAGUCCCAUCAUAAUGUGCUAACGGUGUACAAUAUGCUUGCUGUUUAUGACGUACAGCAGGGAAGGGAUUCAUAUGGCCCCAUUCCUGGGUGGAUCUCGCGUGAGAGGAAGGGGGGCGGGGGAUUUCUGUAUUUUCCGGACUAUAGAGCGCACCUGUAUAUAGGCUGCACCCACUAAAUUUUACAGAAAAAAAUAGCUUUCCAAAUAUUAGCCGCACCGGACUAUAAGUCGCAAAAUAAGUUAUUUACACAGAAAGAUUCUGUCAAUGUUUCCAAACGGCUGAUCAAACAAAACCUAAGUCAGGGGUCGGCAACCCAAAAUGUUGAAAUAGCCAUAUUGGACCAAAAAUUAAAAAAAAAAAAAAAUCUGUCUGGAGCCGCAAAUAAUUAAAAGUUAUAUUACAAACAGAUAGUGUGUCAUGAGAUAUAAAUUGAAUUAAGAGGACUUAAAGGAAACUAAAUGAGCUCAAAUAUAGCUACAAAUGAGACAUAAUAAUGCAAUAUGUACAUAUUGCUAGCCUAAAUAGCAUGUUAGCAUCGAUUAGCUUGCAGUCAUGCAGUGACCAAACGUGUCUGAUUAGCACUCCACACAAGUCAAUAACAAUCAACAAAACUCACCUUUGUGCAUUCACGCACAACCUUAAAAGUUUGGUGGACAAAAUGAGACAGAAAAAGAAGUGGCAUAAAACACGUCUUAGAAAGUCGCAGAUAGUUAUACGUGUAAACAAACUACGUUGCGUUCAAGGACCGCCAAAAUUAGUAGGACAAAACGGCGCUCGCCAAAUACUCGAAUCAGUGAAGCAUGUUUAAUACAAACAGCGUGCUUUAUAACAAUUAGGGAGGUUUGUGUCAUGUUUGUCCUCCUACAGAAACCAUAUUAAAACAAAAAAUAUAUUUUUUCCCCUCAUCUUUUUCCAUUUUUCAUACAUUUUUGAAAAAGCUCCAGAGAGCCACUAGGGCGGCGCUAAAGAGCCACGGGUUGCCGACCCCAGACCUAAGUUAAUAAUACUAACGCAGACAGACAUUACAUUACAACAGCACGUACAAAUAUGCAUGAAAACACUCCUACAGAUGUCACAUAUGGGACGGUGUAGGGAAGCAUUAACAGUUUUGGUUAUAUUGUAAAACUCGCAGUGAAUGAAGUAUCCAUACGAGUAGUAACGCUAUGGAUGGCUAGUAGACUGAACGGCACUCUACUUACGGUUGAAAGCACUAAAAAUGGAAGGACGCUGCAGCACCUUGCAGUGAGCGUACCCUUCCAAAAGAUGGCACCGUAGCACAAACAAUAAAACAUUUUCUCAGUGUA